GACGCUGCACCGCUGUUUGACCUGCGCCAUCCCAAUUCCCACCGCCAAGCUGCUUCUGUGCCCUUCACAACCAUCACACCACCGUGGGACUCAACCGAAUUGCGCUUACCAGCCUUCUCGUCAAUUAGCAACAGCUCCUAAACAAAAGCUGUUUCUACCCAGCUCCUCAACUUGCAACAAGGUCCGAUUAAUUUCGUAAAUAAACCUACCUUCACAAUGGCCGCCAUCAGCAUGCCCCUCGCCGCUCGCGCCGAGUACACCCUCCACCAGCUUGCUAAGCGCAAAAACUGGGCUGAGCGCGAGCCCGGUGUCAUUGUUGUCUUUUGCAUUGUUUUCGUCGUCGCCGUUCUGUUCCUUGCCAUGUUCAUCAACAAGAAGAGGCAAGCCAGCAAGGGCGUCGCAUAAGAUACCCCAAGUCGAUUUGCGCGGGAGUGAGAGGAGCAACAUACAUUCAGCUUCCAAGGGUGGGAGAGAGCAAAGGGACAAGAAUUCAUGACCCGCGAUACCAAAGUCAGAAGGCUUCAUGUCACAAUGUUGUGCGGGCAAGAGGCUUGUGUAUAAUGUGUUUGAAUAUUCGCGUACAACCUACUUUACAUGAGCUUUUCUUUGAUGAGAACUGCGACAUGGUUUGCGGAUAUCCUGAUUGUAUUGGGAUCCGUAGUAAUAAUGAACAAAUCGAGAUACCUCAACAAG